UGUAUCCAACACGUGCGCGUAGGCACCCGGUUUCAUGUGAUAAUUUCGGCGUGUUCGUGGUGUUUUACAAAACUAGUGGUUACUCUCGACGGAAAACAUGAAAAAUCGACCGUUGAAGCAUAAGGCUUCGAACGCGUUUAGCUUUAAAUCGUUCCGAGAGCGCAUCAACGAAAUCGAUGUGCGCCGCGGGGCACUGUACCGCGUGGAGACUGACUAUGAGCUGCCUGAAACCGAGGACGGUACCUUCUUCCAGCAGGCGCUAGUGAAAUGGUCCCUGCAAAAUCUCACCGACGAGUACACCGGCUACCAGCGGGGCUUCAAGGAGACGGCCACGCUGCCGAUGCUGCUGUUCCACAAAGAGGCCAUCGUCAAGCACCUGUCCAGCUGUCUGUCGAAAGCCACCGACGAUGCGCUGGAACCGCUGCUCGAGCUGGUGGUUGCACUGGCGAAGGAUAUGCGGAAAGAGUUUCGACCGUACUUUACCGGGCUGUUCGAGGUGAUUGUACCGUUUCUGCACUCCGACAGCGCGGAUCGGGUCGAGUGGACGUUGCUGUGCCUGGCGCACUUGUUCAAAACGCUGCGCAGCUUCCUGCGAAGCGACUUCUCGCUCACCUUUAACCGGCUGCUGCCUUUGCUGGACGAAACGAGAAGCCCACCGCACGCGAUAGACUUUGCAACGGAAUGUCUCGGGUAUUUGGCGCGCGACCUGAAAGACAAGGGAGCGUUCAUACGGCUGAUGCUGAAAUGGCAAAUGCAGAACGAGGCGUACACGUUCGCCUGCGGGCGGCUGCUGUUCGAGCUGCUGCACGGUGUGCAGGAGCAAUUCCACGCGACGGCAAAGCAAACGCUGCUCCAGCUGUACAGUAUUCUGCAGCAGCUGGAAGGGACGGAGGCGGAUCACCUACAGGACAUACUGACCCAAACGGUGACCGAUAUAGUGGAACGCAUCCAGCCGGAGGGCAUUCACGUGUUCUGGGAAACGAUGCGCAGCACCAUCGAUGGAUGUUUGGCGACGUUCGAAGCUCAAGGGGAAACGAAGAAGACUGUCUCGAAGGAAGCGAGCUCAGCGAUGGUAGAGCAUGAGGAAGGAAAGGUCGUACAAUAUUUGACCCGACUGCUGCAGCUGAACGGAAUUGUGCUGGAGCAUCAGUAUGGGCGACUGUUGGGUGACGCACUGUCGCCCACCGUGUCCCAGCUGAUCCGGCUACUAACCUGCUUCACCUCACCGACCAUCGAGUACAAGGAAACGAUCGUGAAGCACAUUAUAGUGUUGCUGCGCUCCAAGCAUCUGCCGCUGACGCAGCUGGAGGCGAGUCGAUUAACGAUGAACGUGCUCCUGCUCGAUCACCGUCCACUGUACGACCGUUUCAUCGACGCCACGGUACUCUGCCCAAUGUUUGAAGCUCUCAUAUGGCCCAACUUUGUGAAGCGACUUGAGCUGGAGCUGGACGAUGAACGGUUGAGCUUUUUGGCCGCGCUGCUGCUAAAGAAAACGCCACUCUGUGGCAAUGGGUUGGAGCUGGAAAACUGGAAACCAUUCCCGAUAAACGUCGUGGCCGGGGGAAACCUGGAGGCUUGCAUGAAAAAGGCAAUAACAGUCAGCCCAGUGGAGGUGCUGGAUAGUAGCGAAACUUAUUUGAGCGCUUUAAUCGUUUUACCCCAUCUGAGCAACUUUCGGCCCAAAACCGUAGCCAACAAUGCCAUCCUGGAGUUUGUCCGGCACACCGCAGAAUCGCUCCAGUCGGGUGCGAUGCGGGAACUGUCCGAUGCGGCGGAUAGAAUGGUGGAACUAGCGGCGGUUGCGGUGGAAACGGUCGUCCACCUGCAGGAGAUGGAAGGCAAGGCGUACUUCGAUCUGCUGGAGUGCCUGCUGCCGAUAGUAACCAAGCGCGAGUGUCUGCUGCUCAACAGCGUCCAUCUGCUGCUCGUUCACAUUGCGAACCAGCGCAAAAGUGGCAUCACCUACGCGCGCUUCAAGCGAGUCCAGCCCGUCAUACACCCGCUCAUGGCAUCCUACGACAGCAGCGUGCGACGGUUGGCAAGUGCUAUAAUGGCCUUUUUCGCCGAGCUUCCGGAGCUGGUCAGCAGCACCGGCCCAUUGUACGGUACGCUGGCCCAGAUCGAAUGUAUCGAGCCGCAGAUUCAAACCUACCGCCAGCAAGUGAUUCUGUUCCAGAAUCUAGCGUACGAAAGUCAGCUCUGCAACCAGGCGGCCGAAGUGGCGCGCAACGAAUGGACGGAAACGGUGAUUCGGUACAUGCUGUCCGUGUUUGCCGUCAAUUUCAAGCUGCUGUGGGAACCGGCCGGCACGAUCGUGCAGUCGUACGCGGACAAUGGCGUCAAAGCGGACGAGGAACUGUUUUGGAGAGUGUUCGAUACGAUGCUAAAGAUGGCGGAAGAGCAGAAGGCCCACGAAGAGAUUGGAAGUCCAGAAUCCUCGGAGGCGGCAGUAAAACACGAUGAAACGGGUACUGAUGGAUCGGGCAAUGAUAAUGACGAUUCGAACGGUGAAGCUGGCAGCGACAGUGAGCAGGAGGAGGAAGAGCAAGUGGAAGAGAACGAGCAGCAGAAGCGGGCGAAUGCACUGUUUUCGAAGGUGGUGGAAUUCUUCCCCAAAAAAUCACACAUUGACUUCAUGAACGUGCGCAUACAACAGCUCCGCAUGCUGCACCGCUGUUCCACGUUUUGCCGCUCAAAGGGGGACCGCAUCGCGGAGCGGUUCUUUGCCUUUCUCGAGCAUGGCAAAGCACGCGACGCCAGCAUCGACGCGGAGGAGGAAGCACCGGACCAGUCCUACAAACGGGCGCGCGAAAUCAAGCGUAAAAGCAGCAAAUCCGCCGGCUCUGGCAUACAUCAGGUGCUGCUGUGCUAUCUGAAAAUAUGCACCGAGCUUACGUCGAAGUCGGUGCGCAAGCAUGCCGAUCGGCUGUACGAGACGUACGAAACGCUUGUCAGCAGCCGCAACGAGGAAAUCCAGAAGGUGGCGCUGAACGGCAUAUUUACGCUCGGCGGGUCGCAGCUCACGCCGUACAAAGACUUUAUCAGCCGGCUGACGAGCGAGAAGACGCUGAAGCAAGCGCUGCUGUCCGUGUUCGUACCGUCGGACGAGCUGGAGGACGAGCAGGAGGACGGUGGCUUUACCAGUGCCAGCGGACGCACGAAGGUGGCGGAGGAGCACCGGCCAAUGGUGGUGCAGCUGGUGCUGAAGGUGUUGGAUGGCAAGAUCAAACAGAACCUUGGCAAUGGUGGACCGGGAGGGCAGCAUAAAGCGACCCUGCUCACGUUUAUCGGGCGCCUGCGCAUCGAAGAGCUAGAUCUGCUGCUCGAACGUUGGUUCGCGCCCUAUCUGGCACAGUUGAAGACCACUCCGCUGGAAACGGUACGCUGCAUUACGGCCGCCCUUGCGGAGGGCGUUGAGCUGGUUCCUACAGUGCCGCCUGUCAGGGUGAAAACGCUGCUCAACUUCCUGGCUGCCCUGCAAACGGAAAUUGCACCCAUGAAGAAGGCUUCGUACGCCGCAAAGCUUAUGCAUUUGAAAAUAUGUUUCGAUGCACUGCUGCUGCCGCUCGAUCACAGCAUUUACAAAAAGUAUAAAAAUCAAGCACUGGUAGCACUGGUGGACCUGUUCGACCAGUACGAUGCGAGCUACCAGUGGACGGACGACGAGCUGGACGCUGUCCUGUACGUUCACGUGUGGCCACAGCUGCAGCUACUGCCGAGCGAUAGUAUUCACACGCCGACGCCGCUGCUCAAGCUGCUGCUAAUGUGGAGCCAAAGUGAACGCCUGUACGUCCUGCUGCAGCGCCACCCUCCCGUCGAACGGCAGACGGAGACGGAGGGGGAAAGUGAACCGGCGACGGGCGACGAAACAACACCACCGUCCAUGACACCACUCGAUGCAAUGAUCUGUCUGUUGCGUGGUUCGCAGACGAAAGGCAACGUGUGCAAGCAAAUCUUUACCGCACUCGCCGCCAUGCUGGACGGCGACGAGCGAAACAGUGCGGAGGAGCAGGGCCGCAUCCGGGAGGAAGAUUCCGACCGCGUCGGCAAUCGUAGCCGGUUGCUGAUACCGUACGUGCAGGAUUUGCUGCAGUACAUACGGCACCAGGUCAGGAGCAAGAAGACGAUCUCGAGCGAUCUGCUGCUCAUUCUAACACGGCUGGCCGAGUCGGGCAUGAUCGGUAGCGACCAGAAGGACGAGGAGCGCAUCGAGAAGGAUCGUGUGUCGCUGCUGAACCUGCUGUUCCCCAUACUGGCCAGAAAGGUGCACGAGGUAGGGGACGAGCGGUCGGGCGAGGAUAUCAGACGCUUGCACAUUAUCAUCGCACGCCUGUUAAACGAUAUCGACGACCCGCUGCAGUAUCUGAAACAGUUGGCGCUAUCGCUUCAGAAUGUGAAAAAUCGCGGAGCGAGAAAGAUAUUGCUGCAAAUAUUCGACCGGCUUGCUUGCCGUUCGCCCGAGAUGCAGCUGAUCUGCACGCUCGUCCAUGGGCUGAACGCAAUGGAUCGGCGGUGGGUGGACCAGCCAGACAACGUGGCCCGUACGACGGCCUUCCGAUCGAUCGACCAAAUGCUGUCGGAAGACGCGCCGGACGGUCAGCGAAUGACGGGCAACGUUGCGAUCGUGUUUUCUCUCCCAAGCCUUCACGUGUUGCAGUCCGAGAAAGACUUUACCGUGCGGCAGAACGCGUGCGAGUACGUGUGCAAGGUGGUGCUGCACCUGGCGUCCGCGAACGAGUGGUCCGCCGAGCUGCAUUACUGCCUCGACCGCAUCGUCCUGCACAACAUCGCCGCCGGCUUCAAGCACAAGGGAGCGGGCGGUGAGCGGCGCAACGAGUCGAUUCAGCUGCUCGGCGAACUGAGCCGCACCGUGGGCAAACCGGGCGUAACGACACACCCGCAGUGUCGCGUGUUUGCCGAGCUGUGGCAUUUUACGGGCGCGGGCGACGGUGCCGAGCGGGACUUUUUCGAAAACAUUACGCACCUGCAAACGUACAAGCAUCGCAAGGCGAUGAAGCGGCUUGCCGCCAAGCUGGCCGCUAUGGCCGACGAGGCAAAGGCCAGCGGCGGCAACAGCCGGGACACAAUCGGAGCGGCCGGACCGACGUCACGCACCAUCGUAAACUAUUUGCUGCCGAUCGUGUCGCACUACAUCUGCCACGAUGAGUACAAAAAGCAGACGAAUCUGGUGGAGGAGGCGGGCAACUGCAUCAUCAACCUGUGCCGGCUGCUGCCCUGGCGCGGCUACCACACGGUACUGCAGCAGUACUUGCGAAAGCUGAAACACUCGUGGGAGUACCAGAAGCAGCUGCUGCGCAUCGUGAUCGGCAUAAUGGAUGCGUUUCAUUUCGAUCUGUCCGCGGCGGCGACUGUGGAUGCGGAGCAUCCGGUCGAAGCUAAAGGUGGUGCUGCCGCUAACGCAUUGAUGAACAAAAAGCUGCUGCUACAGGAUGAAUCGGUGGAGGAAGCAGAGGAAACGGCCCCACCCGCUGCACCGGAAGGCGAGGAAAAGCCGAAGGAAGAUGCAAACGAAGAGCAAGAUGCCGAAGAUGAGGGCAAGGAAUCGGAGGAGGAGGAGGACGCUGAAAGCGUGAUCGAGGACGAGGAGGAAGUGGAACCGACGGCCCGAUGUGACCCGGAGGAGGCAUUGCGGGUGGCGCGCGAUAUCGUGCACGACAUAUCGAAAACGAUCAUACCGAGUCUGCUGUCCUCGUUCAACUUUGCCACCGAAGCGCCCGUAACGACGGGCGGUGGCGGGCAGAUGGACCGGAAGGCGCGGUUCGCAAAGCAGCGCACGGAAAUGCUGAAGCUCCCGAUAGCGAUCGCGAUAGUGAAGCUGUUCAUGAAGCUGCCGCGCAAAGAGAUCGAGCUCAAUCUGCCCCGGCUGAUUAUCAAGGUGAUUACGUUCCUCAAGUCGCGGCUAAAGCUGGCCCGCGUUCAGGCCCGCAACACGCUCGCCCACAUUACGCUCGAGCUGGGCCCGUCCUAUCUGUCGUUCGUGCUGCAGAACUUGCUGGCUAUGUUGACGCGCGGGUUCCAGCGCCACGUGCUGACCUUCACCGUCCACACGGUGGUCGAGCGGGCGCAGCAGCAUCUCGCAUCCGGGCCGGUGCUGGAAAACAUACUCCAAACGGUGGUGCACAUCUGCACCGAGGACAUUUUCGGCCAGCUGAUCGGGCUGCUGAACGGGACCACCAUUGAGACGGGUUCGCUGAAGAAGACCAACAUGCCGGAAUCGAAAUCGAGCCGCAAGCCCUACCAAACGCUCUACAUCUUGGCGAAGCACGUGCAGGAGCGCAUGCUGGCCGACCUGUUCGUGCCGUUCCGCACCGUGCUGAGCAAGUACCGGACGCACCAGACGGUGGCCAAGGUGCAGGACGCCUUUCACCAGAUAGCGGAGGGCCUGGUAGCGAACGAAACGAUCAGCCCGGAAGCGCUGCUCGUGUUCGUGUACGGUAUGGUGACGGGGAAGGUCUUCACCCAAUGCGCCGUUGCCGGUGCGGACGGAGAGCAGGAGGACCUGCAGCAGCGGCAGCAGCAGCAGUCGGAAGAGGAGAAAAAGCGCGCGGCAAAGAAACUGCUCGGCAAUGUGCCGAAACCGGGCAGCAUCUACAUCAUUCCGGACGAACCGAAGCGGCACGGAUCGGCGGCCGCCACCAGCGCGCUGGAUCUGAUCCUGGCAAAGACGGAAGGCAACGAUCCCACCUUCCUGGAGUGUGGUCUGGAGCUGCUGCAAAGCUUCAUCCGGCGCAAGCAGGUGGGAACGCGCAGCAGCGACACGGAGCAGGUAGAGCUGCUGAUUCAGCUGAUCGAUCCGAUCGUGCCGACGUUGGUGGAAUCACUCGAUUCGAAGCAUUCGAAAAUCAUUUGCCAUUCGAUCAACUGCUUUAGCGCACUGUUGGCUACAGAGUGGCCACUGAAAAGUUUCCAGCAGCCCGAAACGCUCGACGCGAUCGUGGCGGCGAUCUUCACCAUACUGCACCGCUACAACACGGUCGCGCUCGACGUGAACAAUCCCAACAUCGGCAUGGUGCGGGCGAGCUUCCGGGCGAUCGUCGCCGUGCUGAAGUACGCCAACGCGUCGUACAGCUUCACGGAAGAGCAGCUGCGUCUGCUGGUGAUGUACAUCGAGCAGGAUUUGGCGGUCGGUGGAGGUCGCCAAACGACUGCGUUCGUGCUGUUGCGUUCGCUGCUCGGCCGGCGCUACAGCUUCAGCGAGCUGCAGCAGCUGAUGAGCAAGGUGUUUGAAAUGUGCGUGCGGUCGGAAAGCGAUACAGAGCGAGCGGAAUGUCGACAAAACAUAGUAGAUUAUGUCAUGAACUACCCAACGAGCAAGAAGGUAAAGAACUAUCUGCUUUUCUUUGUCGAUCAACUGCAAUACGAAGUGCUGUCGGGACGUGAAUCUGCUUGCCUGCUGCUGAAAACGCUGUUCCAGAAGUUGCCCAAGUCGACGAUCGACCAAACCAACAGUGCGCUGUUCUUUGCGCUCGGCGUCCGGCUGGUCAACGAGGACGACACCGACAUCCGAACGCUCGUGGCCGAAUGCAUCGAAACGCUGCUAAAGAGGCUCGAUCCGAGCGAAAAAAGCUCACUGGUGAAGAUCAUCCAGGACAUGCUCGGCGAUCGAUUGCUCAAGCACCGCGAGCUGGGCACGCAGUUGCUGCUGCGCAUACUACACAGCCAACCUACAGAGCGCUUCAUCCGCUCCUGGCUGCCGAACGUGCUGCCCGCGCUCUUGCAGAACCUGGUGCCGCCAACGAGCGCCGCACUGAGCGCGGACGGAAAAUUCGUUAAACCGCUCGCACCGAGCGUAACGCUGCUGACCGCUGAUCCGAGCGGUGACCAUCUGAUCAUACAGACGCAGAACGUGUUUGCGGAGUUGCUCCGGCUGCAGCCGGCUAUGCUGACGGCGGCCCAGUACAACGAUACGAUUGACGCGCUAGCGUACACCGCCCAGUCGCUGCUGAGCAGCGGGCACCAGUGGGUACGAUUCGGCGCCCUGAAGCUGCUGUACCAAAUUAUGAACGAGCUAGAUUUCGACGCCAUCCACGAGCGCAUCCGAUCUUUGCGCAGCAAGCGCAAUGACGCGGAGCCGGAAGCGGAGGAAGAGUUGGACAGUGACGACAACCCGGGCGGUAGACAAUUCUUGUUCCAGUCGCCGCUGCGUGACUGCAAAACGCUAACACUGGACCUUUGCGCCCAGCUUUCCCCGCACAGUGCGAUGGUGAGCGAGAGCGACGACGAAGCAGCCGGGCUCGUCACGCAGCUGCUGUUCCUGAUCGCGAACAUUCUGCGUGCAGUGCCGCUGGAGAAGAAGGAAAAGGCGUCAUCGAAAAGGAUCAAUCUACACUGGCUGGUGCGCCGGGUGCGAUAUGUAGUGCAGGGCGAAAUCUUCAAGACGCCUCACAUAUUUACACUGCGCAAGCACGCACUACACUGGAUGUCAUCGGUGGUCGCGAUCUUGGAGCAGGACACGCUGGAACAAUUGGCCCCCUCCUUGCUAAUACCGGCCAUCCGGGAGCUGACCGCUCAGGAUAUAUCCGGCUCACGGUCCGGUAAUGAUCCAUCGAAGGUUUCGCUGCGCAAGGUGGCCGCUAAGGUGGGCAAGGACAUCAGCGUACGCCUUGGCGCGGAACAGUACGAUAAGAUGCGGAACGCGAUCGAGGAAUCGCUGCGCCGAAAGCGCACGAACCGUAGGAUGGAGCUGGCGCAGGAGAAAAUCAACUUCCCGAUGGCGGCCGCACGCCGUAAGGAGGCGAAAAAGACGCGCACCAAGGAGGCGAAAAGGCGAAAGACGCAAUCCUCCCUCGACGAUCCGUUCGAUCUGGAAGGAGCGGGCAAUGGGGGCGUCAUUCCGGGAAUGAAACGCCGGGCCAAAUCGGGCACUGGGUCAGUUCCAAAGAAACGGCGCAACAUGGAGGCAAUGUUUCGGGAGUGAGGCUCGUCCAUUUCGUGUAACGGUUGGGCUUGCCCGGUUGGGCCGUGGUGUGUCACUUUUAAUAUCGUGUUAUGUAUUACAAUAAUUUUGCAAUAAUAAAAUGAUGAAAUGCAAGUUAUUGUUUCUUGUCACCUGGUGACAAUUAGUGA